AUGUUGUUGCGGACGCUAUGUUUGUGCUUCUUUGCCGGCGUCUGCUUGGGGCAAGUUGAGUUUCAGCGUGGACAGAAAUGGCAAAUUGUACUCACAGGCACACCGGACGUUUCCAAAAUGCCACUUCCACCUACUGAUGCGCCGGUCUGGGAUGUUGAUUUGUUCGAUACGGAAGCUUCAAGUAUCAAGACAUUGAAGGCGGCGGGUAAGAUAGUGAUCUGCUAUUUCAGCGCAGGCACCUGGGAAGAUUGGAGAGACGAUGCAAAGGAAUUUCCAAAUGCAGACAUUGGAAAAGUGCUUCCAGAGUGGCCUAACGAGAAGUGGAUACGUACUGGGAGUCAAAAGGUCAGAGAUAUCAUGUCGAAGCGGAUAAAAAUCGCAGCGGACAAAGGGUGUGAUGCGAUAGAUCCAGACAACACUGAUGGUUAUCAAAACGACAACGGCCUCAAUCUGAGAAAUACAGAUCUGAUCGACUAUAUGCGAUGGCUCCAGAAAACUGCUGCAGGUUACAAUAUGAAAAUUGGUCUCAAGAACAGCCUCGACAUAUUGCCCACCAUUGGGCCCAUUAUGGACUUUGCUGUGAACGAGCAGUGCGCGCAACUCAGUGAAUGCACUGCCUACAAUGAUUUUCUUGCCUCAGGAAAGCCUGUCUUUCACAUCGAGUACCCGACUCCUUUAAAUCCUUCACAGGCCAACUCGACAUACUGCAACGGUCCUGGAACAGACGGGAUGAGUACAAUUUUGAAGGACAUGCAAUUGACUGGAAUUGCGGUCUACUGUGACGGAAGUCAGGUCAAUACUCCAACAAAGGGAGGAACGAGUCCACCUAGGCCAUCGAAUCCUCCCCGACCUACCUCCAGACCUCCAAUUCCCCCAAGACCUAGCUCUACUAGCAGAGCUACACCAACAACAACGCCUCGGCCGCCAUCAACGACACUUCGUCCACCACCAUCGACAACGAUUCGAAGCACUACAAGACCUUCAAGUACGCCACCAGGAAACCCUGGUGGUGGUUGUAAACAAAAACAUUGGGAUCAAUGCGGUGGAAACGAUUGGAAAGGCUGUACAACUUGCGAGUCACCUUACACUUGCAAAGCGGUUUCUGCUCCUUGGUAUUACCAAUGCUUAUGAGCUCCUUUCCUUUCACAUUUUCCCUAUAGGACGUCAUUCUGCAAAGGAAUCAGAUUCCCGUUCAUACUGUAAUUACUGUUUUCGAUGGGGCUUCAUGGAACAUUGGGUGGUGAAAAAUACCCGGU